GCUUUUUGAGAUGUGACCUUGAGGGAUGCAGAAUUCCAACAGUAUUCUUAAUUUAGUUCUGAUUGGCUUUCAUCACAGGAAGGGGUCUGUUGUUGAGCUAGUCUAUCCCUCACUGUCAUGUGAUGGUUCUGAUCCUACACAUCUCCCUCAUCCUUGGCGUCAUUUGCCUGCUUUAGCAAUAGCCGAUGGAGCCCAUAACUACACAAAAGAUUGCACAUAUUUCAGCUUACCUUCAAUAGAGAAGAAGGAUGUUGCUGUUUUUGGAAUUGCUUGUUACCGCCAGGCAGACUCAGCUUCGUAUGUUCAACCUAAUCCUGAGAUCACUCGAAACACUGUACAAAAAAGCUUGGUUGUACUAUCGAGAUUUCCACUUUUUAGUUUCAUCGCCCAUCAUCUUACGACAAUAAUUGAUAAUCUGUUUAAAAGCAAAGGUUUUACUCCAGAAAGUCUCCAGAACUCAUAUGAACAAUUAAGUCAUUUUGUAGACACUGUCUUAAGUGAUCCAGUUUCUUACCAAGAUGCACUAUUUUAUAAUCUAAGUGCGUCCAAUUUUGUUCGCGUUUACAAACGUGAUGCAUUAUGUCUAUUCAAAUUACUUUUAUUGGAAAGACGUAUUUUAUUUACUGGAGAUUCUGGCGGAACUCUAUCAAAUUGGAUGUUAACUUUACUCAGUUUGUAUCCAGAUAUGUUACGUAGUGGUUUGUCACAAUGUUCUGUUAUUGAUCCCUCAUGGAUUUCAGAAACAAGUUAUUGGCCUAAUAUGAAUGAUUCCAAUUCAAAUAGCUUUAAUUCUUAUCAGUAUUCAUUAGAAAGAUCAUUAGCUAAGAUCAGUGGACAAGUGUCAGAACAGAAUACAGAUUCAACUCUAAAUAAAGAAGAAGACGUUCAGCUUACUUCAAAUGUUGAUUCCAAGAACUCAGCCAAUAAUAUUGAUCCACAAAGAACUCAUAUAAUAACUGUAUCUGACACCUUACAUACGGAAUCAAAACAAUCUGUAAUAAAUGAGUCAUAUAAAAAAUAUCAAACCAACAAUUUUCUGGAGAAAAUAACUGACGAUUCAAUGUUCAAAUUUUCGUUAAAUUCACCAUUUCCUACUGAUGAUUGGGGAUUUCCUUUAUCUGUAUUUACGAAAUCUUAUUUAGCGCCUAUGUAUAUUCCCCUUGGUUUAAUGGAUAAACUACUAGAACAUUCUAGUCUUCCUAUGUCAUUCAGAUCAAGUAUUAAUUUACCAUCAUCUGGAAAUCAGAUUCUGACUUUAACCGAUCGAUCAGUACGUGGUUUUGUAGCUGGUGCAACCAAUCCCUUACUGCAAUCAAACAAACAACUAACUGAGGUUUUCGUGUUAUCCUUAUCGCCUGUUAAGGAUAUUUGUGAAAACUACUUCCCGCAUUUGUCUGAACUAACCGGUGCAUUUGGAAAAUCGACCUUUGGAAUAGAAACAGAUUCUAUGUCGAGUCUUUCACUGUCUGAAAAUUCAACGAAAACUUCUUAUUCCAUUAAUGUCGAUAGUGAAAAGAAUACACAAAACACGGGAUCCAAAGUUUCAAAUUUUUCACGACCAUUUUCUUUGCCCAAAAGAUCACAACCAAUCAUUCAAAUAAAUUCAGAAAACAUUACUGAUAAGUAUCCUGUCAACUCACGCUCUAUGCCUGUUCCACUGAACCGUGCAUUGCAACUAAGUCGUCCUGAUAGAUUGUUUAUUGAUCAUUUGGUAAUGACUGUCAAUACAUGGUACAGUGCACAAAUAGACUAUUGUCAACAAUUGUCUUCCAAAAAAGGUGAAUUGGUAACAUCCCAUAGCUUUCAUAGAUUAGAUCAAUUGGAUACAGAAACUUUGGAACAGCUCACAUUAAUCCAAAAAACAGCCUUAUUAAGAUUUCCAUCUCACACUAUUUUAGAUGCUUGGAUACGACAACAGUUUUUAAUUUAUUUAAGAGCAUUAUUAUUAUCUGCUCAAGGUUACAAUUCCAAUGCAUCAGACUUUCAGUCAGCCUAUUUAACUUGUUUUCGUUUAACAAGAAAUUUUUUAAUUUGGCGUUAUCAAUUUAUUCCAACUCAAUUGUUUACUGUUUCUAAACCAGAACAAAUUCAUCAUAAUACUUCUGACACCCAAUUAAUCAACAAACCAAUAGAUGAUAAUGUGGAAAUUUUAAAAACAACUGGAGAUUCAUAUAAUUCACAGUUGCAGGACUCAUGUACAACUUCACCAGACUCUGUUGCUGCUGUAGUCUCGCAACAUCCUGGACGUAAACUUGCAGAACCUGAUGAUUGGAAUCAAAUUGCUGGUAGUUUUAAAAAGUUGAGCAACAUGGCUGCUGAUCAAGGUCGGAGACUUGUCAGUCAAAGUGUUGCUGGUCUUAUGAAAUUCGGCAGUAAGUAUUUAAUGUUUUCGGUUGCAAUCAAAGUUAAAUUAUAAAUAAGUACAGUCAGUCAUUGCCAACGUAUAUCAUGACGAAGAUAUAAUUUAUCUUAAGUUUCCAUAAUGCAUUAGCUCGACAAGACGAUAAUAGCACAAUACAUAACAAAAGCAAUUUAAAUAAUGUAGUGGCAGUGAUGAUAAGAAAGACUUAAUAUUGGUAAUGUUUUUCAAAAAGACAGAGUGGAAAGUAUGAAUGAAAAAAUUCUUGAAUUCGCAGUCUUAAUAAAGAUAAAUAGUAAGUAACUUCAUCUAGAAAGAACUGUUGUAAAGACCACUCAGUGAAAAAACUGAGAAAACAUGAAAAUGCGAAAUAGCCCGUAAUAUAUAGAUCUCAGUGAACAUGUAGAAUUAUUAAACCCUUUGUCCCCAUAAUGUGACUUUAAAAAGGAUGCACCCCGCUAUCCUACCGAACAAUUGUCCAGUCCCAUCUUUAAUAAUUCUAUACUACCAUACUGUUGAAUUUCACAUAGGACUAAUUUAGUUAUCAGCUAGUAUGAGAACUAAAUACUGGGUUUGCAAAAGGCGGUCAAUGGUAAAAAAGGCGGUUAUCAAGUUUAAUGAAUGUAGAAGAAAUACCUGCGUGUAGCAGUCGAGAAUGUCAGCUAUCGUGAGCUGGAAUUCAGUGAAGUAUAAAUACCCAUUCAGGCAUGUUCAAAUAGACUCAUUUAGUCUGUUUAUCGCUAAAAGAGGAAGGAGCUCUCGUAAAAAAAUUAUGGUUCUCUGUUUACUUGUUCUUAAGUAUACUAUAAACAUCCAUUCAUAUUUGUGCUCUCGAUUUUCAGACUUACGAUUAACAAAAAAAUUUAGCCUAGAAAUCUUAUUUCCUUUAGGGUGUAAAAUCUUGGAACCGUAUGUUACAUAACUUAUUCUUGCUAUGUCUUUAGGUCCUGCACCUGAUUUUUACGGAUUUUGCCAUCGUAAUUCACCUAGAAAUUUCAGCAGUACUAAAACGUCGAAUAAAGACGGCCCACAAUUCGAUAUAUACCAAUUUCAUUCAAACUGGUUUUGAAAUUAUACACAUUAAUGACUGAUUUAAAAAUUAAUGUUUAAAUUUGUAGAAUUCUUAAGUCUUAAGUACAAAUGAAAAUCCGGACAACUUGUUCGUUUUCGCUGAUUGACAUAGCUCUCACAGUUUUCAUCAGAGCGUAAGUGAAUAAAGUGGAUAAUGCUUCCUUUGUGCACCGAUAUCCUAGGAAAAUCAGACAAGUAUUAUGACGUCUCAGAGUUAUAUGAUAAGCCAGAUCCAAAAGUCGUGGAUACAUAGAUCAUUCGCCUAUCGAAUUCGUUCCGUCUGUCUUUGAGUAUACAGGUACUGUAUGUUCGUUCGAUAUUUGAUUUCUCCUAUGUAGCUGUGCUGUUCAAACGUUAACCAUUGUGUCAUGACAACGACCUUUAAAAGUUGAUAUAAGGCUUUAAAAGUAGUUUUCAAGACUAUCGAAGUUGGACGGCUCCUCUACUUCACAAUUAUCAUAAACCAAAAUGAAGUUAGAAAAUACACGUUUCGUUAUUUUCGGGGAAAGCAUUCUUAAGUGAAUGGUGCAGACUGUCUUCAAACACUUAUUUUUAUGUUUACCUGUUCACUUAUUGCACUAAUUUCCUAUGCACGUGAUUAGAAUGUCCUUAUCACACACUUUCAUUAUGAUAUUGAUUCCUUACACAAUCAACUAGGUUUAUUUCCUCCAAUUACUAGGUGAUUUCAACUCGACAUUUCGUUCAUCUUCACCAUCAAGUUUUGUUUGGAAAUUCUCAGAUGCUCUUAAAUCAGUUGUUUCAAAUCCCAUAUCAAUUAGUUCUCCAAUUCUACCACUUGAAACCACAGGUACCAAAGACGAAUCAAUUUCUCCACAAAUCAAUGUUCCGAAAACUCAGAUACCAGAUAAUAAAAAUUACUUUUAAUACUCAAUGUUGUUCAUUGUUGUAGCUGUGAUAUUUAUUGUGAUAUAUUUUACUUCACAAUGAAGUCCUUCUUUUAAUCAUAUUUUAUAUCAAGCUUUAUCAAUCUCAUGUUUUAUUAUUCCCCAUUUUAUGCAUCGUUUUAUUCUUGUGGUCGUAAAUGCAUUUGUAUGAACGCAAUCUUGUUGUCUAAUUCUUUUACGUCCAGAGUUUUGUUGUACUAAUGUUAUAUUUUGCAAUAAACAUUUGUGUAAUAUAAUAAUA